UUCGACUGGUAGCAGGCGGAGCAGGCAGGUUUGCUGGGUGAGCUCAUCCCGGGCACUGGAGAGGGAGCGAGCAGCAGCCGCAGCUUCUGCACAAGCGGCAGCAGCAACUUUGUUGGCUGAAAUACUUCUUGGGUAUAUUGCACAGUGAUGGAAUAGCAACUUUAAAAUGAUGUUAACGCGACAUUAAGAGGAUAAAACUUGAGGUUAUACAUUUCAGUGUGUAGAUGUUGAAGUUGAAGCCCAUCAGUUUGCCAAGAUGCCAUGAAACUGCAAUAACUUUUAAAACUGAUACAUAUUUUAUUUUCAAAUUAUGCUUGGUUAAAGCAAGUUUAACCACUGAAAUUUGGGGGCUCAAAGCAAUGUUAAUAUAUUUGGAUGUGUGGCAAGAUAAAGGCUUCUUAAAAUGGAUCGAUUAAGACUUUGAAGAAGUCAGCAGUGAUCGAACAACAGUGGUUUGUAAAAGAGUCGCAUCUAUAGACUGUUCAGCCCUAUAUUAAACAAUCACAACUGGGGUCUCAUGCAACCUCUGUAUUUUCUGGAGAACAUUCUCCAGAAGAGAGCUAUAAAGUUAAAAGGCAGAGAUGACUGUAUUUUCUUCUGGAACUCACUAAGGACAAACACAUUUUCCAAUAAUGACCAGCUUGAAACGGUCCCAGACUGAAAGGGCUGUUGCCACUGGAGUCUCAGAUGGAACUCCUAAAGUCCAUUCAGAUGACUUUUAUAUGAGACGCUUUAGGUCACAGAAUGGCAGCUUGGGAUCUUCAGUGAUGGCUCCAGUAGGCCCUCCACGCAUUGAAGGCUCUCAUCAUAUUACUUCUACUCCCGGGGUUCCUAAAAUGGGGGUUAGGGCAAGGAUUGCUGACUGGCCUCCAAGGAAGGAAAAUGUCAAAGAAAACAGUCGAUCAAGUCAAGAAAUGGACACACCAACCUGUCUUGAUAGUAUGUCUGCAAAAAGUAGUCCUGGGAGUCAGGGGAGCUCUAUUAACUUGAAUGCUAGUGACUCUGUCAUGUUAAAGAGUAUCCAAAACACACUUAAAAACAAAACCAGACAAUCUGAGAAUCUAGAUUCUAGGUUCCUCACACCUGAUGGCUACCACAGUUCUCCUAGAAAAGCUCUUCGUAGAAUAAGACAGCGUAGUAAUAGUGACAUUACCCUAAGUGAACUUGAUAUAGAUAGCUUUGAUGAAUGUAUCUCACCCAGUUAUAAAUCUGGACCAUCGCUACACAGAGAAUAUGGCAGCACCUCAUCAAUAGAUAAGCAGGGUACUUCAGGGGAAAGUUUUUUUGACCUAUUAAAAGAUUACAAAGAUGAAAAAUCAGAUCAGAGAGUCUCAAGCACCAGCAAAUUCAGUGGACUCCUUAUAGCUAGUGGAAGUAAGGGUUCGGGAUUUUCUUUGGAUGUCAUAGAUGGACCCAUAACUCAGAGAGAAAACCUCCAACUGUUUAAAGAAAGGGAGAAACCACUGAAGAGACGUUCAAAAUCAGAGACAGGAGAUUCUUCCAUUUUUCGAAAGCUGCGUAAUGCCAAAGGUGAAGGGGAUCUCGGGAAGUCCUCAGACCUUGAGGACAGCAGAUCAGAAGAUAGUGUCAGGCCUUGGACUUGCCCAAAGUGCUUUGCCCAUUAUGAUGUUCAGAGUAUAUUAUUUGAUUUAAAUGAAGUGGCAGUUAACCGGCACAACGUUAUUAAACGAAGGAAUACAACUACUGGAGCUUCUGCUGCUGCAGUUGCAUCAUUAGCUUCUGGGCCAUUGUCCCAUUCUGCAAGUUUUAAUUCCCCUAUGGGCAGUACAGAAGACCUGAAUUCCAAAGGAAGUCUCAAUAUGGACCAAGGAGAUGAUAAAAGCAAUGAUCUUGUCAUGAGUUGCCCUUAUUUUCGAAAUGAGAUUGGUGGGGAAGGAGAAAGAAAGAUCAGCCUUUCAAAAUCUAACUCUGGAUCCUUCAGUGGCUGUGAAAGUGUCUCUUUUGAAUCUACUCUUAGCUCUCAUUGCACAAAUGCAGGAGUGGCAGUGCUUGAAGUACCCAAGGAAAAUCUAAUGUUACACUUGGAUAGAGUGAAAAGGUACAUUGUUGAACAUGUGGAUCUCGGUGCAUAUUAUUACCGGAAAUUCUUCUAUCAGAAAGAACACUGGAACUACUUUGGGGCAGAUGAAAACCUUGGUCCUGUAGCUGUCAGCAUCCGAAGGGAGAAACCUGAAGAAAUUAGAGAAAAUGGUUCUCAGUACAACUACCGCAUCAUUUUCAGAACAAGUGAGCUUACAACCCUAAGAGGUUCUGUCUUGGAGGAUGCCAUACCUUCAACCGCAAAGCACUGUACAGCCAGAGGGUUGCCCUUAAAAGAAGUCCUUGAACAUGUGGUUCCUGAACUAAAUAUACAGUGUCUCAGGUUGGCCUUCAACACUCCUAAAGUGACAGAACAGCUUAUGAAACUUGAUGAACAAGGGCUAAGCUAUCAACUUAAAGUGGGGAUCAUGUACUGCAAGUCUGGACAAAGUACAGAAGAAGAAAUGUACAAUAAUGAAUCGGCAGGCCCAGCCUUUGAAGAGUUUCUUCAGUUACUGGGAGAACGGGUUCGGCUCAAGGGAUUUGAAAAGUACCGUGCCCAGCUAGACACAAAGACUGAUUCAACUGGCACCCACUCUCUUUAUACAACAUACAAGGACUAUGAAAUCAUGUUCCAUGUUUCCACCAUGCUGCCAUACACACCAAACAACAAGCAACAGCUUUUAAGAAAACGACAUAUUGGAAAUGAUAUUGUGACAAUAGUUUUCCAGGAACCUGGAGCAGAAUCAUUCAGCCCAAAGAAUAUUCGUUCCCACUUCCAGCACGUCUUUGUGAUUGUCCGGGUACACAAUCCUUGCACUGACAAUGUCUGUUACAGUGUUGCUGUGACAAGAUCCAGAGAUGUACCAUCAUUUGGACCACCAAUCCCUAAAGGCAUCACCUUCCCCAAAUCAAAUGUAUUCAGGGACUUUUUAUUAGCUAAGGUGAUCAAUGCUGAGAACGCAGCACAUAAAUCAGAGAAGUUCCGUGCCAUGGCCACAAGAACCCGCCAGGAAUACUUGAAAGAUUUGGCAGAAAAGAAUGUUACAAAUACACCCAUUGACCCUUCUGGCAAAUUCCCCUUCAUCUCACUUGCCUCUAAGAAGAAGGAAAAGUCCAAGCCUCACCCAGGAGUAGAGCUCCACAGUUCAGGCGCAAUUGUAUGGAGUCUCCGUGCUAAAGACUACAGCAAAGGCCUAGAUAUAGACUGUCUCCUGGGCAUUUCUAAUGAAUUUGUCGUUAUCAUUGAACAAGAUACAAAGAGUGUUGUGUUCAGUUGCUCCUGCAGAGAUGUAAUAGGGUGGACUUCAACAGAUACAAGUGUCAAAAUUUUCUAUGAAAGGGGUGAAUGUGUUUCUGUGGAAAGUUUCAAAAACCCUGAAGAUAUCAAAGAGAUUGUUAAAAGGCUAGAGCUUGAGACAAAGGGUUGUGAGUCAGUGGAAAUGACUUUACGCCGGAAUGGACUGGGUCAGCUUGGUUUUCAUGUGAACUAUGAAGGAAUUGUGGCAGAUGUUGAACCCUAUGGCUACGCUUGGCAAGCAGGAUUACGGCAAGGCAGCAGAUUAGUGGAAAUCUGCACUGUGGCUGUAGCCACUUUAAGUCAUGAACAAAUGAUUGAUCUUCUACGGACCUCAGUUACUGUGAAGGUUGUCAUUAUCCCACCUCAUGAGGAUUGCACUCCACGAAGAAGUUUUUCAGAAACUCAUUGCAUGCCAAUGAUGGAAUACAAAAUGAAUGAUGGUGGCGUUCCAUAUGAGUUCAAGUUUCCCUUCAGAAAUAACAACAAAUGGCAGCGAAAUGCUAGCAAGGGACAAGGGCCUCAUGUGCAACAACUGCCAUCACAGAUACAAAGUCCUGUUACCGCAAGGGGUGCCUCAGGGAAAGCCGAAGGGAAGAUGCCUCCUCCAGAGCGAUCAGCCAACAUUCCACGCAGCAUUUCCAGUGAUGGGCGUCCGCUGGAGAGUAGAAGAUUAUCUCCAGGCUCUGAUGUCUACGUCACCGUAUCAUCCAUUGCCUUAGCAAGAUCACAGCAGUGCCGUAACUCCCCCAGCAACUUGUCAUCCUCGAGUGAAACUGGCUCUGGUGGAGGCACCUACAGGCAGAAAUCUAUGCCUGAAGGGUUUGGAAUGACUCGAAGAUCCCCUGCUUCCAUUGACAGACAGAAUACGGAUACUAGUGGUAGUGGUAAAUCCACGCCCAGUUGGCAGAGAAGUGAGGAUAGCAUUGUUGACCAGAUGGAGCCGACGUGCCACCUCCCUGCUGUGUCAAAGGUGCUGCCAUCCUUCAGAGAGAGUCCCACUGGAAGACUGAUGAGGCAGGAUCCGGUAGUUCACUUGUCUCCAAAUAAGCAGGGCCACUCUGAUAGCCACUACUCCAGCCAUUCAAGCAGUAACACACUGUCCAGCAAUGCUUCCAGUGUCCACAGUGAGGAGAAAUGGUACGACAGCGGAGACAGGACAGAGUCAGAACUGAAUAGCUACAACUACCUUCAAGGCACUUCUGCUGACAGCGGCAUUGAUACCACCUCCUAUGGUCCCAGCCAUGGCAGCACAGCAUCCCUGGGCAACUCAGCAACAUCUCCUCGAUCAGGACUAGUAAAGGAGAAAGUACCACCGCUAUGGCACAGUUCCAGUGAAGUGGUCUCCAUUGUAGACCGGACGUUAGAAAAAGAGGGCCACAUCAUGGACAGAAAGACAGAAUCUUCACUGAGCUUGGACAUUCAUAGUAAAAAUCAACCAGCCUCCAACCCUCUAACGAGAGAGAACAGUGCUUUUAGCCUUAGUGACACUAUUUCCCAUGCAAGUACCAUGGGGUCCCGACACUCUACCAGCCCUGUUGUCUUCACCAGUGCCAGAAGUUCACCUAAAGAGGAGCUUCAUUCAGCCACUUCCCCACAGCUGGCACCUUCUUUCUCUUCCUCUUCCUCCUCCUCUGGCCCUCGGACUUUCUACCCACGUCAGGGUGCCACUAGCAAGUACCUGAUUGGAUGGAAAAAACCUGAAGGCACAAUAAACUCAGUGGGGUUUAUGGAUUCAAGAAAGCGUCACCAGAGUGAUGGUAAUGAAAUGGCACAUCCUAGGUUGCGUGCAUCAGCCAGGGACCUUCGAGCCUCACCAAAGUGUGCAUCUAAGUCAAAUAUUGAGGAAGAACUGAAGAAGCUGAUAGAUCUAGACAGCCCAACACCAGAGUCUCAGAAAAAUUUUAAGAAGACUCCACCCACUGCUGUUUGCAUACCAUUGCAUGGAUAUAACAACAAUUAGAAUAUUCAUAAAAUAAUAGUAAAUUUGAAAGCAACAACAAUAUAAUGGUGACAGCCACAGUAGAUAAAACAAAGCCAUCAGAUUAAACUUGCCCAUGAGAUAUAGCAUAUGCCUACCUAAACAAGAAGAUUUCAGCCAUGCAAUGAAACACCAUUGAAAAGGCUGCCAGCUGAGCUCCAUGAGCAGAGAAUUCCACCAUUUAUACAUGAUUAUGAAGAAGGCCCUUUCUUCUUCCCUCACCAACCAUGCUUUAACUGGGACAUAGGGAAUGGUUGUCAGAUCUUCUCUGGGCAGGCUGGUUCCUAAAGUAUCUUUGCCUCAACCCUUUUUAUGGCUAAGUCUAAGCAACUUUGAUGUGCUUAUAGGAUGUGAGUGUGAUACAAAUUAUGUAAUUAAAAUAAUUGUACAUAAAAAUAAAUUAUGUAAAAAAAUAACCUUGCUCAUUUGCUUCAGAGUAUGGUUGCCACAAUAUUAAUUAGCUCCAGCCACAGAGAAUGCAACCAUUUUUCCAGGACUAUACUGACUUCCAGUUAAUUUCCAGGGCUCAGUUCAGAGUCUAAACCCUAACCUUUUAAAACCUGACUUGGUAUAGGACCAGUUUAUUUUAAGGAGACCUGCUGAGGUAUAUCUCCUUGCAUUUUGAAGGAGCCUGGGGCCAAAAGGUACAGAGAAUCACAUUCUUGGCUCUUGGCCCCUGCUGUGGAAUGAGCAAGCCAGGAUGGUGCCAAAAUCAUUGUUUGUUGAGCUCCAGGAGUUGACCAAGAAAGGCUUUUUAGGGAAUUCUUUCCAGAUUGUUUACAAGAAAGAAAUGACUUGCAUGAGCUGCUAGUAGCUGUUGUUGCGAUUUGGUGAUUUUAUUAUUUUUGUUUAGAAGCUGCUUUUUGCUGAAAGGUGGGAGUAUAAAAUGAUAAAUAAAUAACCUUCAUGGCACAAAGUUGAAUCUGAAAGAAUUAGAAUGUCACCAGGAAAGUAUCUUUGUGAUUCAAGGGAAAGACUUUUAAUGCUUUCUAUUCUAUAAAGAAUCUAUGGCAUCUUACACUAUUGCAGGUUAGCAGUGCUCCUGGAAACUUUCACCCACUGAUCCAUGGUAACGAGAAUGAUGCAUGAAUUUUCCUCAUGAACAGUAACGCUGCCACUGGCUUCAUAUGAUGAGCUCAGGGGGGUUCUGUUCCUACACAGUUUUUAGGGCAGAUGUCAGUAUAUUAGCAGCUGCAGUGGUUUUAUACAUUUUAUUUCUGCAUGCAACCUUUCGUUAGGAAGUGACUCCACGUUGAAGGGCUGCUAUUGCUAAUUGCACAUUGAGUUUCAAACAUCACCUUAUCCACUUGAAUGGCUCUUCCACUUUUCUGAUCAGAGAGCCUGAGUAAUGGCACCUUGACUGUGAGCUGAACUUUCCUACAGCAGGCAUGCCUCAUUUCAUCCGGGCCAGACUUACUCCCAAACUUUACUCUUUCUCCAUCUAUAAAUGUGUGUGUGUGUGCGCAUGUGCAAAAUAAAUCUACCCAAACAAUUCCUUAAGGUUUCACCAGACAUAGUAAUGAUUUAACCACCUUGAAGCAUCCUUCUUGGGGAGAGAGCCCUGAUUUCGGAGACCUUUGUGCUGAAAGCCACUGCUUAACAUUUCAUGCUUGUCAGGGUCUAAAUGGUUUCCACAGCAACCAUGCAAAAGAGGGCACUUGCAACUUCUUUCUUUGCUUGUCAAAACCCAAAGAGGCUUAUUAAAACUUGUAAGUAUGUGGGUCCAUGUACAGAUCAUUUUUCAGUGUUGCUUUUGAGGCUGAAGCAAAGGAAAAUUGCCACAGGCAAGGGUCCCUUCUGCCCCAUCAACUGCUGACUGGCUUUGUGAGGGGAGAGAUGAACCUUUCUCAUGACAUAUCAGGCAAGGGCUAUUCUCCUUUUGCAAAAGCCAUAUUCGUUUAAAUGAUUGAUUGCCUUAAUAAGUGUCAGUUUGUGCCUGUUUUGACAAACUGCUGGUCAAUGGAGCCUUCUCUUUC